AUAGAAUAAAGAAUAAAGAAUAAAGAUGAUCUAUCUUAAUAAAGAAUAAAGAAAAUUCCUUACUUACUUUAACAAAGAUGAUCUAUCUAUCUUGGCCUGAAAUUCCUCUCAACAUCCGCUGAAAUGGAUGUCCAUUUCAACAAAGACUUAUUCAACAAAAGUCUUUCAACAACUAAUUGGCAGAUCAAUUUCAACAUCCGCUGAAAUGGAUGUCCAUUUCAAAGACUUAUCUCAACAUCCGCUGAAAUGGAUGUCCAUUUCAACAAAAGUCCAUUUCAACAAAGACUUAUUCAAAAUUGAAGUAAGGGACAAGAAAAAAGCAACUUUUGGAAGGAAAAUAGGUGCUUUUAGGUAUGAUGAUCAUUUUUAGAGCAAGUAUUAAGUAGGGAAUAUGACUUACUUCAACAACUAUUUUGAAGAAUAUGUCUUACUUGGACAAUUCUUUCAAGAAUACGUGACUUGCUUGAAGAAGAUGUAAGAUUCUUUUUAUGAAGUACGAUGCAAAACUUCUACUGGAUUCCUCAACUUGUUGGCUAUAAAUUGGUUGGCGAAGGCUCUAGGCUAUUUCAAGAACUUAUCGUAUUGUCUUACAAACCAAUCGAAUAGCCUAUAUAUUUCAAGAACUUAUCCUCUUGGCUUACAAACCAAUCCUCUUGUCUUACAAACCAAGAACUUAUCCUCUUGGCUAUAAAUUUGUUGGCCAAUAGGUUUUUGUUCAAUUUUGGUCCAUGUAUAUGUUGAAUUUUAUAUUUCCUACUCUGUUUUGGCAAAUUAAGAUUGGCUUUGAAUGAUAUCUCUGUUUUCCUUUUUUUUUUUCAGAUUCACGUCCAAUGCAGUCGCACAGAUUGAACGAAAUGGAGUAUGAUGGUUAUGUGAAUGGUGGGAACUCAUCUGAUGACUCGGACGACGAGGAGCUCAUGUUGGCCUUCGCUGCCUUUAUUCUUGCUGGAUUGGCCUUAUUCGACCCGUACAUCAACUCGGGCCAGCGGCGAAGAAUUCGAGAUAGUGCACAGUCAGGUCCUCAAUAUGUUAUCGAGCUGAUAAACGGCCAUCGAGACAGAAUAUUCGACAACCUUCGAAUGGAAGCUCCCCUUUUCCUCCAAUUGUGUGACUUGUUGGUUCAGAGGGGCUAUUGGGUGCCCCACCCGACACAACGGGUGGGGAUUCAUGAGUCCGUUGCUAUAUGCCUGCUGUGUUUGAGCCAUAAUGAGCGACAUAGGGUGCUUGCCGAGAGAUUCCAACAUUCUCCCGAGACAACGGACCGCCAUCUACGACGCUGCCUUAGAUCUCUCGUUCGAUUGGGACGCGACCUGGUCCGACCGGUAGAUUAUCACACAACCCAUCCAAGAAUACAGAACAGUGCUUUGUUUUGGCCCUGGUUUAAGGAUUGCGUUGGAGCGAUUGACGGAACACAUGUUUCGGCCUGGUGUACAGCCGAAGACAGGGAACGUUACCGGAACCGGCAUGGUAGCUUAUCACAAAACGUUCUAGCCGUGUGUGAUCACAACAUGAGAUUUACUUAUGUCAGGGUAGGGUGGGAGGGUAGCGCACAUGAUUCUAGAAUCUUACAAGAAGUCAUACAAGAUCCUAAUUGUGCAUUUCCGUGGCCACCAGCAGGUUAGUCCAGAUUAAAUCACAUAAUUCCUUUCCGCAAUGCGUCUUCAAAGUUUAUAUAAAUAUAAUUUCAUUAUGCCAGGGAAGUAUUAUGCGGUGGACGCAGCUUACCAGAAUAUGACAGGAUUUAUGGCUCCAUUUAAAGGUGCACGGGGAACCGCGCAAGAGCGGGCAGUGAGGAUACUUUUCAACAAACGUCAUGCAUCGUUAAGAAACAUUAUAGAACGUACGUUUGGCGUCUUGAAGAAACGAUUUCCAAUACUUAAGGGCCCUAUGCAGAAUUACAUGAUGGCUACGCAAAAUAAUAUUGUCCUGGCUUGUAUGGCCUUGCACAACUUCAUGCGCGAGUAUGUUCCAAAUGAUGCAUAUUUUGCCGAAGAAGAAGCAGAUAUAGCAUUGGCAGAUAACAUAAACCCCUUCAACCCAAUGCCAGCAGCACAAGGACCAGAUAUGUCGGCUGCAGGAAUUGCUGAAUGGAAUGAAAGUAGGAGAGCAAUAGCCGAUAUGAUGUACUAUUAUCAG